AUGGAUCUCGAGUACGGAUCGCUCGAGGGUGAGAUGAAGGAGCAGCUGGAACGGUUCUUUGGUCGCCGGGAUCAUUUCAUCGAGGUGAAUCCGGGACGCGUGGUGAUGCCGAAACGGUUUGCCGAUCUGGGCGAUUCCAUUCGUGCCCUUCCGGUUCGUUCGGACGAUGUCUGGUUGAUGUCAUUUCCGCGGGCCGGAUCAACCUGGGCGCAGGAGCUCGUAUGGUUGCUAGGAAACAAUCUGGACUACGAGGCAGCCCGUAAUCAACUGCAGCAAGUCCGAACGCCUCUACUGGAGCUGUCGGCCAUAUUUUCCGAUGACCGCACCGUCGAAAAUACCGUCACCCGACACGAGCAGAUCGAUUCCGUACAGUGUGUUCACCAGAUGACGGGCCGGCGCUUCAUCAAAUGCCACCUUCCGUGGCAGUUCCAUCCGCGUGAGCUCGAAACGGUACGACCGAAGAUCAUCUACGUCGUGCGCAACCCAAAGGAUCUGUGCGUUUCGUACUACUACUACUGCCAGCUAAUUCAUCGUACCGACGGUACCUUCGAGGAGCUCUGUGACAUCUUCCUGAACGAUCGUGCCCCGAUCGGUCCAAUGUGGGCCCAUGCGCUGGCCUUCUGGAAGCGGCGAGCACAGGAUAACAUCCUCUUUCUACGGUACGAGGAUAUGAAGCGAAAUCUAGCGCAGGUUGUCCGGCAGUGUGCCCAAUUCCUGGACUUUGGCCGCGAGCUGACGGAUGCCGAAGUGCAGCGACUGUGCGAUCAUCUGCAGUUCGAUCGGAUGCAGCGCAAUCCGGCGGUCAACAUGGAACCGAUGAUGAAGGAAUCGUCCAUUAUGCAGGAAGGUGCGAGUGUAGCGCAAGGGGUGAAAUUCAUCCGGAAGGGUGAAAUUGGCGAUUGGAAAAACCACAUGGAUGCGGCCAUGUCCGCACGGUUCGAUCGUUGGAUCGAGCAGCACUUCGGUGGGACAGGGUUAGAGUUUGAGUACGAAUGA